AUGUCCAAGUCCAAGGCUCCCAUCUUCCUCGGUCUCUCCGCCGCUGGUGGCAUCGGCUACUACCUCUACAGCGCAGGCGGCAACCCCAAGGCCGCCGAGGCUAAGUUUGAAAGUGACGUACACAAGGCAUCCGCCGAGGUCAAGUCGCACCUCCCCGGCGGUCGCACCCCUGACGCCCAGAACAAGGGCGCCCAGGUCGGUGCCAAACUGGACGAGGCCGGCGCGAAGCUCGACUCUGCUGUUGCUGAGGCCGACAAGAAGUUCUCCGCGACCAAGAGCAACGUUGAGGCUUACGCCAAGGACGCGAAGGCGGAGGCCCUGAAGAAGGUUGACGCCUUUGAUAAAAAGGUCGAGGACGAGGCCGCAAAAGCCAAGAGCGGCAUCUCCAGCUGGUUCGGCGGCAAAUAA